UUUCCCGUUUGCCCUUAGUUGGCCUUGUAUUUAGGGGUAAAAAAGGCUCCAUAGAAUACAAUAGAGUGAGGGAAGAAACCCAAGCUCUCUUGCACUUUAUUCUCUUCAAAUUUGAUACUUUGCCCUGUCCCUGAACGAGGUUCUUUGUUUCAAUAGAGCCAACUCAAAGGAAACGAAAAAAAAAAAAAACCUCUUUUCUCUUCUCUUUCUUUCUCUCUCUCUGUUAUGUGUCCUACAUUGUCUUGUUCUAACCUCAGAAUCUCUUAGUCUUACUUCCACGCUUCAGUUGUUGUCCCUCUCUGUGCGUUUCCGUUUCAAUUCUCCUUCAGUUUUUUUCUUCUCUUUUUCCCUCUGUUUCUCUCUUAGACUUCUCCAGCAGAAAAAGAAAUAUAAGUGAAAGACCAAAGACAAAGGAAAGUGCCCAACUGGGUAUUUUUGGUUUUCACCUUGUUAAAAAUGAAAUAAUAAUGCAGGUGAAAAACUGGAACUUCCUUUGUUCCCUCACUUGUUUUCUCUUAAUUACCUCAGGGAACAGAGGAUCACCCUUCUCUUCUCUUCAGCUAUCAUUCAAAAUUAGCCCACUUUUCUCCCAUUAUUUUCAUCACAAAACUUGAACUUUCCCUCUUGUUUUUCUGAAAAGCCCUGUUUUCAAGAUUCUUUUUUUUUUUUUUUGUACUUUUCUAUUUGUCUUUGUUUACGUUUUAUCAAAGGGCGAAACACUUGAGAUUAUCAAGUCAUAGUUGAGCCAAAAGAACCAACUUCACCAAAUCGUAAUUAUUGCUUACAAAUCUGGAUAGGCUAUAUGAAAGCUGUGAAACAAUGAGAGAUGGGAGCAUCAAGAAGAGCAAGCUUUCAUGGCCCAAGACAUUGGUCAAGAAGUGGUUCAAUAUCAAGAGUAAAGCUGAGGACUUUCAUGCUGAUGAUGUUGAUUAUGGAGGUGUUGAUGAAGAUUGGAGGCACAACUUCUCAGAGGGGGAGGCAUGCACUAUCAAGAAAAGUAGAACAGAGAGAUUGAGCAAGAGGUAUUCUGAUCGUGUUCGACGAAGUAAAAUUGAUCUUGAUGGCUCCCAAUUUACAGAUGUGCAUAAUUAUAGGAUUUUUGUAGCUACAUGGAAUGUGGCUGGAAAAUCUCCUCCUAGUUAUUUGAGUCUUGAAGAUUGGCUUCAUACCUCUCCUCCUGCUGACAUUUAUGUUCUCGGGUUUCAAGAAAUUGUUCCUUUAAACGCUGGUAAUGUUUUGGGCACUGAAGACAAUGGACCGGCCAGGAAAUGGCUAGCUCUCAUUAGGAAGACUCUCAAUAGUCUUCCCGGCACCAGUGGUGGUUUCCACACACCUUCACCAAUACCUGAUCCGCUUGUAGAACUGGAUGCAGACUUUGAAGGAUCAACAAGGCAGAAAGCUUCAUCUUUCUUUCACCGCCGAUCAUUUCAAUCCUUGAGCCGUAGCAUGAGAAUGGAUAGUGACAUGGCAAUGACACAGCCCCGGCUGGACCGCCGCUUCAGUGUUUGUGAUCGUGUUAUCUUUGGGCAUAGACCAAGUGAUUAUGACCCUAAUUUGAGAUGGGGUUCCUCUGAUGAUGAGAAUGGACCUGGGGAUUCACCAGGUAACACUCCGUAUAUGCAAUAUUCUCCAAUAUCCUAUGGUGGAUCUUUUGCCUUGGAGGAAAGCGAUAGACAGGUGGGGCAUUCGAGGUACUGUUUGGUUGCCAGCAAGCAAAUGGUUGGGAUAUUUCUAACAGUAUGGGUGAAGAGCGAUCUUAGAGAUGAUGUUCGCAACAUGAAAGUGUCCUGUGUUGGCAGAGGGUUGAUGGGUUAUCUUGGAAACAAGGGUUCCAUUGCUAUUAGCAUGUCUUUGCAUCAAACCAGCUUUUGCUUCAUCUGUAGUCAUUUAACCUCUGGGCAAAAGGAGGGUGAUGAGCUGCGAAGAAAUUCUGAUGUUAUGGAGAUCCUUAGAAAGACAAGGUUUCCCAGGGUUAAUGGUAUGGGAAACGAGAAUUCUCCCCAAACGAUUCUAGAGCAUGAUCGUAUUAUAUGGCUUGGGGAUUUGAAUUAUCGGAUUGCUCUAUCCUACCGUUCUGCAAGGGCUCUGGUUGAGAUGCGCAAUUGGAAGGCACUGUUAGAGAAGGACCAGGCAUGUUCUUAUCCUUUUUCAAUUGAUUCUUUAUAUUUAUGUCAUGUUCAUUUUUCAUGGUGCUUUAUGCUGCGAUUAAUUCCUAUGAGAAUUGCUCUAUCUGAAAAAUUGAUGGUUUUCCAGCUUAGGAUAGAGCAGAGGCGAGGCCGUGUUUUUGAGGGAUGGAGUGAAGGCAAAAUAUAUUUCCCUCCUACAUACAAGUAUUCAAAUAAUUCUGACAGAUACGCUGGGGAGGAUAGGCGUCCAAAGGAGAAGCGAAGAACUCCUGCAUGGUGUGAUCGUAUACUGUGGUACGGAAGCGGCCUCUAUCAGUUAUCUUAUGUUCGUGGAGAGUCAAAGUUCUCAGACCAUAGGCCUGUAUAUAGUGUAUUUUCAGCAGAGGUUGAGUCUAUUAACCGUAGCCGAAUCAGGAAAAGCAUGAGUUGUUCCAGCGCCAGGAUUGAGGUUGAAGAGCUAUUGCCAAAGUCACAUGGAUAUACCGAACUCAGUUUCUUUUGAGAGAAUUUUUAACAAUACUUAUUCCGUGCUACACUUCCGGAAAAUGACACAAUAUUAAGUACAUGGUUGUAUAAGGGUAUCUUAUACGACGUAGUAAAAGGUUUCAUGAAGAAAAUGCAAUUCCCCCAGGAUUCCAACCGUGCUUUCUCUCCUCAAUCAGUCAGGUGGGUACUGCCCUAUGUAAACUAUACCUAUGGUGGCGACAAAGACUUACUGCUGCCCGCAGUCCAAAAGAAGGUGCAAAUAGUAUAUUGUCAAUAAUUCCCAACUUCAGAAGUUCACAGCAUACGAUUUCCUCACCACAAAUUAAAUUCCUAACUGCAAAAUUGAAAAAUCCAACAUAAAAAAGGCAUCCAUGACUUUUCAAUAAUUUACAAGACAAAUUAGUUUGUUCUUGUCCAAAUUCCAUUGAAACCUUUACUGAUUGACAUGGCUAGAGCAUUUUCUUUAAAAUUUACAGGUUAAUAAUGGAUUGCUUUAACAUCAUAUUUGUUAAAAGCUCUCCCUCAAGUCUCCACAUGAGAUUUGGCCGGGUGGGAUCAGUUUUGGAGUGUAGAAUUUCCAUUGUUCUUAGUCUUCUACUGGUUUGCCUCUCUCAGAAUCCGCUGUUGUAAAUUACAGCAGAAAUUAAGAGUCGAGUUUUUUUUUUUUUGGGAAUGAAAAAAACAAGGAGAGAUAUAAUGGAAUCAAUUGUCAUUUUUUUCCUUUUUGUACUAGUCUUGGAAGAUAAAAGCCUGGAGAUGUGAUGGAUACUCAUUGCUAGUGGAUAAAAGAGAAGAAGUUUUGAUUUAUGUAAUCCUUCUUUUUCUGUUGCCGCUAUUAAUUUAACUGAUGAAGAGAAACUAGUUUGUUUGACUAUCUCCACCGUUAUUUUUUUUUUACUACAUCUCAAACUGUGGCAUGACGGUAAAAGAAAAGCAAAGAGAAAGGAGAGUUAAAUAACAAUCACUUUACUGUUAUUUAUUUAUCGAAUCCAUGAGGCCAUGCCUUUUCCAAAAGGUAGAUGAAUCCCAAUAAAGCCUGAAACCUACUUAUUCAAGAAAAAUAAAAGGGCGAGUUUAUGGUUUCAAAUUUCAAUAACAUCUGCUUCAGCUAGUGUCAUCACCAGGCAUUGAAAGCCUUCUUCAACCGUCAGUGCAAAUUUUAGUUAGGACCAAACUUGAAGCAAUGUGGUGCUCUCUGCUUUGGUAGCCCUACUUGUUACUGCCAAUUAUUUGGUGCAGCGGUGGGUUGGGUGUAACUUAUAGACCAAACCAAACCUUUGGGAACUGUCAGAAGCAAGACAUUUAUGAAACUGAAGGUGUAAUA